AUGUAUGGGCCUGACCAGUCCGUGAUAUCAGUAUUACCAUUGAAGUUGCCGUAUGUCGACCAGAAAGGCAGCAAGGUCACCUUCCUACAGAUGCAGAACAAAACGGACCAGGAAGGGAAAGUGGUGGAAAACAUCGCAAUACCCGCCGAAAUUCAGAACCUGCUCCGUCAGGGGGCACUGAGUGUGGGAGGUCAAGGGGCGAGCGGGACAACCACAGCUGCUGGUAAAGGGAUUGAACAGAAGAUAACCUUCCCUGUUGGUGGGAAAGCACUUUCAAUGGCCAGUGGUUCGAAACCGGCAGAAACCGCCACUGUUGGUCAAGGUAAAGAGCAGCGUAUCACUAUUCCACUGAGUCAGCUAGCAGCCAUGAUGGGCAACACUGCACAGGCACAGAAAUACGGCAUAACCAUCAACCUAGACGGGAAGGGACAGAAAGAGAUGUCAACGGUUUCCACCUCCUUAGCCUCCGGAGGGUCUGUUUUGUCGACUGGUAUUCCCGUCAGUUUGAUGCCGUCCUCAAGCAUUCCUUCAAACAUCAACACGGCACUUCAAAAUGGAGGUCAAGGUCAGGCAUUUCUUACGUUGAUGACUGGUGCAAAUCAAGGUCAAGUUCUGACUUCAACCCUUGCAAAUCUAGGUACCAUGGCAACCGGUUCGCAACGAUCAACUGGUGGAAACAAAAAUAUUCCAUCUACCGUGCUUGAGGCUAUGGAUCUGAAAAAUAUCGUGGGGAAUUUAUCAAAAUCACCGGAAGUUCAAAAAGGUGCCACUAGUCAGACUUUGCUGUCGCCAACAAAACACACUGUCAACAAAGACCUCACUAGUCUUGCCGAGGCUUUAAAAACACGCCCACCACAGUCGCUUAGUCAAGUCUUACCGACACCUACAGUCGUGGGAAGCCAGUCAAGAAAGGGGACACCUAAACAAACAGCGGCCGUAACCUCAACAUCCUCAAAAAUACUGGAUACACCAGGAGUCCGAAACAAACUUGUCACUCGACUACUAAUCAGUGGAGCAGCCACUUCUACGUCUCCGACCAUGUCUCCGGCAAUCCAGAGCAGUAUGGCAACAUCGACCUCCACAUCCUCUCCGACGUACAACCUAGUCUUCCAUCCCAACACACCGUUAUCUACUACCUCCUCGUCACAGUUGUCUGCCCCUGUUCCGCAGACCCAGGUGAUUAACGUACAGAAUCUGACGAAACAGCAGCUGUCCGCACUCACAUCAUCUGGAGUCCUGGUCGGUCAGACUCUUGCUGCCAGUACACUUGUCAAGUCAGAUGAUGCACAUCCAUCACCAUCAACUGUGGGCGUGACCCCACCAGCCACUCCCAGAGUAGCCUCCCCUGGUAGCUCAGGAGUUGUCUCCCCUAGUGUCAAACCUUCCACACCACGAGCAGUGUCCCCUAACCUGAGACCAGAACUGAUGGAGCAGGUGACGAUCGAUCUGAAGGAGAUUCAAGAUGAUAGCCCACCAGUGGAAGGGGAGACAACCAGUACCCCAAAUUGUAAGUCAGAAAUAAAUAAACAAUCGGGAAUCUUGCAUAAGAAAGGUUCCGGCGGGAGCAAACCUGCACCUGAAUCUGUAAAGAACGUCGAGAGCCCAAAAACUGUGAAAAAAGAAACGAAGAAGGAAACUAAAAAAACUGGGAAAAAGAAAGCAGCAAAAUCUAAGUCGGCGAAACCAAAGAAACAGACAGAAGCAACGGAGGAAAAUACUGAAGAUGUUACGGAGAUGGAGAGUACAUCUUCUUCCCCAACUAAGGCAGAACCUACAAAGAUUAUGCCU